GAUUUAAGGGCAAAAUUUAGAGCCCUCUUUCGUUUCCUGAAAUUGCGUGCGCUCUCAAUGUGACCCAGUUCUGGGAGUCGGUUGUCAUUUGAUUUGGUAAGACAAAACAAAAGGCGGUGCAUUUUCCAUAGUGCCCACGGCAUUUCUCAAUCUCUCUCGCUAGUCCCGUUUUCAACUUGUUCUUUUCCACGGUCUGCACGUUGCGCCCAUUAGCCCAUCAGACCUUCCCUAUCCCUUCCCAAAAUAUCUCCACCCCCCUCUGCGCCUCUCUUUAAUUUGGGCCGUACGAGUCUGUGCUUCUCGCUUCCUUCUUCGUCUUCGUCUUCUUCAUGUCUCAAAUUCUCUGAAACUUCAACAACCCAUCAAUCCCUUCGAUCGUCAUUCUUGUUCUCGCUCUAGCACUAGGCACCGAGGGCGGUGCGAGGAGGGUUGCCGAGGGUCGUGGGAGGGUUCAGAUCUAGCUCGCCUGAGGUUGUGCGAUCUUGGCGACACGCCGCUGAUGCUUGCCUCCGGUUGCCUCCGGUUGCCUGGUCGACGUUCGCACGAGGCUCGCCCACUCUCGCCAGGUCGCUGCUGGUCGACUGGUCGACCCUUGCACGAGGCUUGCCAAUGCUCGCCCGAUAGACGCUCGUGCGAUGCUCGCCUCUGGUCGCCUGGUCGAUGCUCGAGCGAGGCUCGCCUGGUGGCCGCUAAAGCGAGGCUCCGCAAGACUCGCCCGGGCGCCGCUGGUUGCCUGGUCGAUGGUCGAGCGAAGCUCGCCGAGGCUCGCCUCUGGUUGCAACCGGUCGCCUGGUCGACGCUCGAGCGAGGCUGGCCUGGUCGCCCUGGUCGCUCGGUCGACCUCGUGUGAAGCUCACCUCUGGUCUACUCUGGUCGCCUCUGGUGGCCCGGUCGACGCUCGCCCAGUCGCCUCUGCUUGCCUCGCGGAGGCUUGCCGGUCGCCCCGUCUAACAAUGGAUGUCGACAAACUUUUGGGAUCCCUCAUAAAUUUCCUGGGUCUUGUUCAAAAGGUCAGCAACCUCACCGGAGUUAAAGCGAACAUGUAUGCUCUGGAAAUGACUAUGGGAUUGGUGUCAGCCAGGAAGACUGACAUAAGUUUGCAACUAGAGCAGGAAGAGAGGAGACCACUAAAGAGAAGGAAGGAAGAAAUUGACUUGUGGAUACAACAUGUAGAACGGUGGGAGGGUCAAGUCCGCGAGUUAGGACGAGACGUCGAAGGGGGGAAUUUCUUUACUCUUCUCAAGUUGACGGAUCGGGUGAGGUUCAUUAUGACUCAAGUGGAAAAAUUGCACGAGAAGGGUAGAUUUGAUGACGGACUCACGGUGGAUGUGACACCGAACCGAGGCCUUGAACUGCAACCGGGUGAACUAGUGGGACAAGCUUCUCAAACAAAAAGAAAUGAGAUCUGGGAUUGCUUGAUGAAGGAAGAGGUGCUUCGUGUCGGUGUUUGGGGACGGGCGGGAGCGGGCAAAACCUUUCUUGCGGUACACAUACAUGAUCAGAUAGUGCAAGGUUGCACAAGGUUCGAUGGCGCUUGUUUGGUCGAUGUAUCACAAGAUGGCACUGUUGGCACGAUACAAACUGACAUUGCGAAAUAUUUCCGAGUCCUACCGAAUUUGAUGGGGGAAAGCGCUGUUUACAGGGGCGCAAAACUGAGGGAGGCAUUGCGGGGUAGGAGACUCCUCCUUAUCUUAGAUGACGUUAGGAAAUCUUAUUCUUUGGAAGAAGUGGGUAUAGCCCUAGAAAGGAAUGGAUGCAAAUUGAUCGUGACAUCGCGAUCGAAGGAGGUAUGCGAGCAAAUGAAUUGCCACAAGCUUGUCCAUGUACGAACUCCUAGGAGAAAUCUCAAGGGUUGGAAGAAGCAGUGCAAAAACUAGAAUUAGAAGGGUUAAGUUGGAAGA